CAACUAUUAACACCAAAAGAAGCAGAAAUGACAGAACUCAAAAGGAUAUGUAUUUCAUUCUCACUAACACUUUUACUCUUAGCAGUUGAAGGAGCCCUUAACGUAAACCAGAAAUGGUCUGGUGGAAGUCAUUUUGGUUACGAGGGCGGGUUCUGUUUUCCCGGUCUCUGCAUUGGAGGAUCUGGUGGUAGCAGAGUCCAUUAUGGCAGGGACCGUUACGGUGGCGGAAAUCAAUAUAGAGGUGGUAUUGGUUACAGAGAGACCAUGUACUGCAAACCGUUGACUUGUUAUGGUGGCUCAUGUGAUACACUCCAUUUACAUUUAGACAAAGGGUUGUAUGAAUCUCUCGUACGCAACACGAAGACAGCAAAACAAUCGUCGACUGUUGAUUACAACAUUCCAGAGACCUUGAAACACAAUGUCAUCAUCAACAGAAACUAUGAGUUCAAGAUGGUGAAAGAAGCUGCAAUGGCACCACAGUCUAACUAGCUAGCUAAAGAAGUUGAGUCUUUAUUGUAUAGUUUGUAUCAAUUAACAGCUUAUGAAUCUCAUCGGAAUGAGGUGUUAUCACAAGAUUAUAGUUAUAAUGUAGAAAAGGCAACUAAACUGGUAAUAUAUAUGUAUGCUCAAUAGCAACUGUAGUGAGUUUCUUCGUACAUAUUACUCGAAAUAUAAAUAAAGAGAAGCUUGAGUC